AUGCCCGUCAAUAUAUACCACAGCUCUUCCAACCCUCCGUCCAAUAACCUGCACCCAUUCAAUGGUCUUCCUCCUCGUCCACUCUCCCCUCCUUCCGAAGGUGGCUCUCCCAACCCGUCCUUUUCUGCAUGGGUUAAAGGGCCCGCUGGCCAUUCCUCGAAAAUGGGGAACACCCCGCGCACCGGACCUUCUCCCGUCCUGCUGGAAAUAAACACCCAGGACCCAUAUUUAUCCGUAUCGUCCGAUCAAGAAGAAAUUGAUUUUCAAGCCAGUGCUAUCCGCUUGACCCCCGUGGGGGGCAGUCCAGACCAUCCUGAUUCCCCUCCGGUCGGGGAAAACGAGGCCCUGAGCGCCGGCCCCACUAUUCAAACAAACUACUGGCCGGCGGGGAAUGAGUAUAACAACUCGAGUUCCUGUGCCUCUCCCGAUUCAGGGGGCUUUCUGGACCCAUCAAAUAUUGAGCUGAAUGGAUCUAGCUGGCAGGAUGGAGGGUCGCCAUUUAACGUGGCCGCGACCGCACCGGUGGUUAACCAACAGCAGGCGUGGUCAUCGGUUAAUGCGCCUUCCCAAAAAUGGCUAAAUCCCGAGCCCGCCGUCUCGAGCCCUUCUUCCAUGCAAGGUCCCACCAUGGUACAGGGCUGUGGUCCAAUUCAGGGCUCGUGGGACGCGGCUGAUCAAUAUAUUGGGCCCCAACUGGCUGUCACCAUGGAGCAUACCCUGGGGGUUGGCUUAGUGUCGGCUUCAACCUCUAGAGGGAGAAGUCCACUAAGGAGCCCCAUUGGGAUCACAGUUUCGAGUGUGUCGCGUGGAGACUCCCCAGCUGUAGAGAUGCUCGGGCAUGACAGACGCCCAAGCCGAUCGUCGAUGCAUCUUUCGCCGGGGGAUCAAUCGAGUGAUUCGGAAGAUGAUGGCCAUGUCGAUGAUGAUCACCGAUCGGUCUCAUCGACUUCGGUCGUGCGAACCCACGAUGGAAACUGGAUACGGGACCCUACAACUGGUCAUGGUGGCCUUGAGCCAUCAUCCCGAGGGAAUGAAUAUGUACCAAGUAUUAACGAUCUUCAGGGACAGCGCGACCGCGAGCAGAAGAAUCAAAAUAUCACCGACUGGCUCAGUGCCGCCAUCGUCAGUGGCGAUCGACCUACCCAUGCGCGUCAGAGAAAACAUCAUGUGAAUAGAAGGCUGCGAGCAAGGAGUACUGGAGAUCCUCCUCUUCAUCUUCAACAGGAAGACUAUUUCAGUAUGAAGCCUCAGGGUGGCAACUCGACCCCUGGACCUGGCAUUUUGUUGCAUGAAAGCGAGGGCAGCGACGAUAGUAGUGAGGAGGAGGAGGAUGCUAGCGUUAAGUCCGAUGGCUCUGCGCUUGGUUCUCCCCCAGCUGUUGUCCAAGUCUCCGGUCGAUAUGACAGUUCAACACCUGAAUGCUUUGAUUCGCUUGGCUUGGCUGGCUCCCCUGGCCCUUGUGUCUACCCCUGGCAAGACAAUCCUCGUGAUGCAACGCCGAGGGAGGAGAUGACGCACCCGGGGACUUCUAACGCGGCGAUGGUGAAAUACCAAAGGCGGGCAAAGGAUAUUGAGACCGCAUCACUGGCGGCGACUGUGGACAACAACAGUCUUUUCAAUGUCAGAUCGGCGUUUACGGGGCUGAGCAUUAAUGAUGAGCCGAAGCCUAAAGAGCCCAAGGAGAGCCGGGCUCAAUUCCUGAAGCGACCCUUUUUGCAAGCAACUUCUAUUUUGAAACGUCAAGCAUCGGAGCUUUCGAUUUCAACUGUCAACACCAGCACCCAAAAUACUUCUUCAGAGGUACCCCAGCGGAAAGAGAGCCACCCCCACCGUCAUCGAUUGAGUUUAUCAUCGAGACCACAUGGACGCUCCCCAAGUUUGUCCAAUGCUCUGAUGUCCUUGACAGGGCAGAUGGUAGCUAUUGGAGGAAAUAAUGCAGCCCAGGCUGUCUCACCGAACACCGAAGUGGGCCCAAAAAGCCAUGCAACUAAAGUUCGUGGUCGAAGUCGAAGUGAGGUUCCACGGCCUGCCAAUGGGUUGAUGGCCCUGAUGACCACACAUGGUGGACCACCUAUUGCCAGUUUCUUUUCUUCGCCAAGGACCUCAACCGAAACUGAACAUGUGCAACCCGAGGCUGUACCAAACUUUAGCAAUGUGGAUACCAAAUGUGACGACGACGAUGAUGAUCAGAUGGACGGAAUAGAUGUCAAGGGGCCGGUUAUGGGGUUUCCGCUGGUUUCUAAUUUGCCAGAGCCAACUCUCGAAGGCUUCAAACAGCAGAUAAAGGCUUUGAACCCACGACUCGAGCGACUCGCGCCGGCUCUGAUUGAACGAUUCGCACAGGCACAGGUCAAUCGAUAUGAAAAGCUAGUGAAGCUGCAGCAGAAUCACUUAGCAGUCACUGCCAAUGGCAACUGCAAGUCAGGUGAAUUCUGCUUUGCGCUGGGCGGCAAGGAAAUAUUGCUUGAUCAGCGUAAAAUUUCGGCUUCUGCUGAAUCUGGGCAUACUCAAUUCCGUGUCACAGAGUCAAAUCAUGGAUGUGACCCACAAUAUGUGGUGACAGAAGGCUCCAUCACUCCAGCUCAAUUUCCCGAAGGUGUGCCUGCUCCACCUGUCGAUCGCCUGCCUGCUGAGUUUGAGUGCUCGAUUUGUUAUGACGUGAAAAAAUUCCAGAAACCAUCGGAUUGGUCCAAGCACGUCCAAGAAGAUCUGGAGCCAUUCACGUGCAGCUUUCCUGAUUGCCCGGAGCCCAAGUCAUUCAAGCGCAAAGCCGACUGGGUUCGACAUGAGAACGAACGACAUAGACAGCUGGAAUGGUGGACAUGUUCUACCUGUGGUCAUGUCUGCUAUCGCAAGGACAACUUUGUGCAACAUCUGGUCCGGGAACAUAAGAUGCCCGACCCGAAGGUGAGAAGGGGCAGAGGAGCUAGCGAGGGACAAGCCAGCCUGAGCAAGCUAGCGAAGCUGCUGGAUGAAUGCAGGUGCCUGACAGAAAAAACGGCAUCGUCCGAGCCCUGUCGCUUCUGCGGGAACAUCCUUGGCAACUGGAAAAAAUUAACGGUGCACCUGGGGAAACACAUGGAGCAGAUGGCAAUGCCUGUUCUAGAACUUGCCAAACAGAGCACCACGACCACCCCUAGCGCCGCCCCUGCAGGAGUGUCUUGUGGGGCAGCGGAAACAUACCCGCCACUCUCUACGCCGUUUCACGGGCAUCAGGGCGCAGGGAUGACACUCCCCACUACUGUCAACGCAAUGGAUUAUGAGAUGUCACAUUUGGAGUAUCCUUCCAUCUCGGGAACUGUUCUUUCCACAGAACCCGAACCGAUUGCCGAUGCCUACUCGAACGAGUACCAGUACAGCAUUAGCCAAUUUGACCAAGCCACGCUCCCGUCAGCCCCGACCCACCUCCCGCAUCAUCAGAACUCUGUGACGUAUCCACCCUUCAAUCCGACCCACCAGCCAAGAUCACCGACGAACGCUUCCAUACCCUAUUCCCUGCCUCAGGGCUCUUUAUACCCCGCACAGUCAACUUAUCCGCCUUACCAGCACAUGGCCUCCACUUCGCCAUACCCUGGUUCCUAUGCAAACAGCUAUUCUUCACAGAUGUGA